AUGUUUAAAUGUUAUGUUUUUCAAAUUGUAGGUGAUGAUUCAUCGUUACCUAUUGAAGCUUCUCCUUCGGAUGUUAAUAUCAUCUUUUCUGAUCAUCUUGCGGAAUGUAGCAAAAGUAAUGCAUCAAGUUGUGAAUCAGAACAGUUCAGAAAUGAAUGUGAUUCUUCUAAUAAUGAUGAUAAAAUGUUUAUUCAUGAGGUUCCAGAUGAGAUGAAGCCAAAAGAGAAAGAUGUUUAUAAUUCUUUGAAGGAUGGUGUUGAAUUUUACUUGCAAUAUGCUAAAGAAGUUGGAUUUGAUGCUAGUAAGUCAACAAUAAAACGUUCUAAAGGAGAAAUUUCACUUAGAUAUGUGAUAUGUAGCAGAUCAGGUUUUUCUGAAUGUGUUAAUAAUGAUUCUAACAAUGAAAAGCAACCAAAACUUAAAAGGAAAACAUCAUCAAGGAAGAUGGGAUCUAUAACUCUUAUAACUUUCAAGUGUGUUGCUUUUGGUUCAUUGCAAUUUUAGGUAUAUAAGUUUAUG